AUGGCCAGAAAGCACUCAAGCGGUCUUAAUAAUCCUCAAGAAGUAGAUUCAGACAAAGCAGCUGAUUAUAGGUCUCAGUCUUCCACUCCAGCAGCUGAUCCUAGGUCCCAGUCUUCCACUCCAGCAGCUGAUCCUAGGUCCCAGUCUUCCACUCCAGCAGCUGAUCCUAGGUCUCAGUCUUCCACUCCAGCAGCUGAUCCUAGGUCCCAGUCUUCCACUCCAGCAGCUGAUCCUAGGUCUCAGUCUUCCACUCCAGCAGCUGAUCCUAGACCUGACCUCCCGGACCACACAAACAAACAAACUGCAAAACCAAACAAUAAACUCUGGUCGGAAUUUCAAUUCACUAUUUACCCAUGA